CUGUGCUCCGACGCAUCCUAAUGACGUCAUGACUGUAAACAACAGCAUGUCGCAGAGACAAACCCAAGCUAGAGAUAUGAAUGGUCAAGCGGACGUCGAGGUUGACUACAAGCGGAAGUACAAAAACCUAAAACGAAAAUUAAAAUUCCUCGUCUAUGAGCAGGAAUGUUUUCAGGAGGAGCUAAGGAGAGCACAAAGGAAACUUCUGAAAGUUUCCAGGGACAAAAGCUUCCUUCUGGACCGAUUACUGCAGUAUGAGAGGAUAGACGAAGACUCUUCAGAUUCAGACGCAACAGUUUCCUCAGAAAACAGUGAAAUUGAAGGAAUCAGGGAGAGGGAAAGAGAAAGAGAAGGAGCAAAAAAGAGAAAACUGAAUCCUGGUGCGUGCCUUUCAUCAUCAUCAUCACCUCAUCUCUCUGUAUUAUCCCGUCCUGGAGUAAUUCCUCUGCAGUCGUCCGGCGCUGGACCUUACCUUAAUGCUAUGCCCUUCCUACCAGAGUAUUUGGCACCGGCAGCUGAGCGAAUGAAGAAAGAGAGAAAAACAAAGACGCCAAAAACCAAGAGAGAAACCGCAGGGAAGGUUGUCGCUCCGAUGGCAGCUAACUACUCGUCGGGCCCCGCAGCUCCUGCAGCAGCCAGCGGCCCCUUCAGCUGGGUUCCCCGGCAGAUGCUUAGCGGAGAUGCAGCUGAGGAAGAAGGUGAGAGCGACGGAGACAGUGACAGGGGUGAUGAAGACCGAGGGGAGGGAGACGAGGCUGAACUGGUCAUCGACAUCCCUAACGAGUGAGCAGGGAUGGGGGCUUCCAUCUGUUUGUGUGAGGGAGGGGGCGAAGGCUGCACUUGACUGACUUUUUUUUUCUGAGACGAAAGCCUCCCCUGGUGGAUAAUGGCUUUAUUGCAGUGUCACUGUUAAAACGAUAUUCAGAGAUGAGUGUUGAUUUAAAAUGUGAAGUAAUGAAACUGUGACAGAAUGACAAAUCGUCUAAUAAGCUCACUGGCCUUAUUGGAUCAUUUGUGCAGCAGUUUCCAUGUCCCUAAUUAUUUUUUUUGUCUUAAAGGUUCAUAAAUGUAAAACAUGUUAGACAUUAUUAUCUUGUGUUUUGUGUUGUCUAACCACCCUCUCAGAUUUGCAUUAAAACUGUUAUAAUGUAACUUUUAAAAUGCAAAUGUUUGUUUAUUUGUUACAUUUUGGACAUUGUUCAUCAUUUCAUUGACUUCUUGUAUCAAAUUGUAGAAAUUUUAUAUUUUUAUUCAUAGAUAUGCAAUGUGUUUGCUCAAACUCUCACUAAAAGUUUUUUAUUUAAA